AUGGCUGCCGCCAAAAUCGAUGGCACUGCCAUCGCGAAGAGUAUUCGCCAGGGUUUGAAGGAUGAGAUUGAGCAAAUUCAAGCGACAAACCCCAGAUUCAAGCCCAACCUGAACGCUAACAUGGAUGGUUCUAUGCAGUCGGCAAUCGCUCGGAUUCCAGUUGGCACAUAUGUGCGCAUGAAGCUGAAGGCUGCCCAGGAGGCCAAUAUCAUCUGCACUUUGAUUAACGUCCCCGAGUCGAGCACAGAGCUGGAGCUCAACCAAGAAAUCACCAAAGCCAAUAAUGACCCCGCGAUCCACGGCAUUCUGGUCCAAUUGCCCCUGCCGAGUCAUAUGUCUGAACAUGCCAUCACCUCGGCUGUUGCUGAUGAGAAGGACGUUGAUGGUUUCGGUGCAAUCAAUAUCGGCGAGCUGGCUAAGCGAGGAGGUCGUCCAUUGUUCACUCCCUGCACCCCCCUCGCGGUUAUGGAACUGCUCAAGGCAAGCGGCGUGAACCCCGCUGGCAAGGAGGCAGUGGUCCUGGGACGUAGUGAUAUCGUCGGCAGCCCGGUCAGCUAUCUGCUUAAGAACGCCGAUGCUACCGUUACCGUCUGCCACUCGAAGACACCUGAUAUCGCUCGCAUUGUGAAAACCGCUGACAUUGUUGUGGCGGCUAUCGGCCAGACCGAGUUCGUGAAGGGUGAAUGGCUAAAGCCCGGUGCCGUAGUCAUUGAUGUUGGUAUCAAUUACAAGCCCGAUGCUACAAAGAAGUCCGGCGAGCGACUUGUUGGUGAUGUGGAGUUCGAGUCUGCUUCCCAGGUGGCCUCGCAGAUCACUCCUGUCCCCGGUGGUGUUGGUCCCAUGACCGUGGCUAUGCUGUUAAAGAACGUGGUUGCUGCCUCCAAGGCCUACUUUGAGAAGCAGAAGGACCGCCGUGUCACUCCUCUCCCCAUUCGCCUGCAAAGCCCCGUGCCUUCCGAUAUUGCUAUCUCACGGGCGCAGUACCCCAAGCCCAUCACCCAGGUUGCCUCCGAGAUUGGUAUUGCCCCUCAUGAGUUGGAGCCCUAUGGCCACACCAAGGCCAAGAUUAGCCUCGAUGUGCUGGAUCGUCUCUCCCACCGUCGCAACGGAAAAUACAUUUUGGUCUGCGGUAUCACCCCCACCCCUCUCGGCGAGGGCAAGUCCACCACCACGUUGGGUCUGACUCAGGCCCUCGGUGCCCACCUGAACCGCAUUUCCUUUGCCAAUGUCCGACAGCCCAGUCAGGGUCCUACUUUCGGAAUUAAGGGUGGUGCUGCUGGUGGUGGCUACAGUCAAGUCAUUCCCAUGGACGAGUUCAAUCUCCACCUUACCGGAGAUAUCCACGCUAUCACAGCCGCGAACAACCUUCUCGCCGCGGCCAUCGAGACUCGAAUGUUCCACGAGUCCACUCAGAAGGAUGGACCUCUUUACAAGCGUCUUGUUCCCGCAAGCAAGGGCAAGCGCGAGUUCAAGCCUAUCAUGUUCCGCCGCCUGAAGAAGCUGGGCAUCGAGAAGACCAACCCAGAUGAUCUCACGGAGGAGGAAAUUACCCGCUUUGCUCGUCUAGAUAUCGACCCGGAGACCAUCACUUGGCGUCGCGUUCUCGAUGUCAAUGACCGCCACCUCCGCGGUAUUACUGUUGGUCAGGCUCCUACCGAGAAGGGUCUGUCCCGUGAGACUGGCUUCGACAUUUCCGUCGCUAGUGAGUGUAUGGCUAUUCUUGCCCUGAGCAACGACUUGGAAGAUAUGCGUGAGCGUUUGGGUCGUAUGGUGGUGGCUACGUCUAGAAAUGGUGACCCCGUGACUUGCGACGACAUUGGCGCCGGUGGUGCCCUCGCGGCCUUGAUGAAAGAUGCCAUUAAGCCUAACCUAAUGCAGAGUUUGGAAGGUACCCCUGUCAUGGUGCACGCCGGUCCUUUCGCCAACAUUAGUAUCGGUGCCAGCUCCGCUAUCGCCGAUAAGCUUGCCUUGAAGCUUGCUGGUACUGAGCCUGAGGAGGACCAUGAAGCCAAGACUGGUUUCGUAGUUACCGAGGCUGGCUUCGACUUUACAAUGGGUGGUGAGCGCUUCUUUAACAUCAAGUGCCGCUCCUCUGGUCUGUCCCCGGACACCGUUGUUAUUGUGGCCACUGUCCGUGCGCUGAAGGUUCACGGUGGGGGCCCCGAGAUCAAGCCCGGUGCCGCUCUGCCUGAAGUCUACCGCACUGAGAAUGUGGAUGUUCUCCGCAAGGGAUGCAUUAACCUCCGAAAGCACAUUGCCAAUGCCAAGCAGUACGGCAUUCCUGUCGUGGUCGCGAUCAACAAGUUCGAGACCGAUACCGAGGCUGAAAUUGCUGUCAUCAAGGAGGAGGCGAUCGCUGCUGGUGCGGAGGAUGCCGUCCCUGCCAACCACUGGGCUGAGGGUGGAGCCGGCGCCGUUGACUUGGCUAAGGCUGUUAUGACCGCCAGCUCUAAGGAGAAGAACUUCCAGCUUCUCUACAACCUGGAUGGUACUAUCCAGGAGCGGAUCGAGCGCAUUGGCCAAGCCAUGUACGGAGCCGAGAAGGUCGAAUUUAGCGAAUUGGCUCAGAAGAAGGUCGACACCUACACCAAGCAAGGAUUCUCCAACCUGCCGAUCUGUAUCGCCAAGACUCAGUACUCGCUCAGUCACGACCCAGCCCUCAAGGGUGCCCCCACUGGCUUCACUGUCCCGAUUCGGGAUGUCAGGUUGGCGGUUGGCGCUGGAUAUCUCUACGCCUUGGCCGCCGAUAUCCAAACUAUCCCCGGACUACCCACUGCCCCCGGCUACCUCAAUGUGGAUAUUGACACCGAGACUGGUGACAUCGAUGGAUUGUUCUAA